CGCUGGAAGCUGUGAUCCAGGUCCAGUGCCAGGUUCAGCCGCGGCCGCACGACCUGACCCCGUUGAACAGGCCAGAGAUUUCUAGAGUGGAUGGAUCUACCUGGUUCUCAAAUUGACAUCCUUUCUAAACAUGAAUGAGUUCAAGUCAUUUUCAUUCCUAAGCUAUCAGUCAAUAGUACAGGGAAUCAGUUGGGACUUGAAAUUCAGUUAUUCCUGAGGCUGAUCAGAAGUUAGUGGCACCUUGACUGGAUCUGUUUUUUCUCAGGAAUCCAUUCUGCAACUCUGAACCUUCUAUAGAAUGCAAUAAACAAUUGCCAAAGUUGUUUUUCAAGAAACAGAAAGAGUUGCAACUUAUUCCUACUAACGGAAACUUUGACAGCAGUAUUCAAUGCCUAACAUUGCAGAAACAGAAAGGUCAAAUGAUUCUGGAAAUGGUGAGCACAAAUCUGAGAGAAAGUCACCUGAAGAGAGUCUACAAGGUGCUGUAAAAUCUUUCUGCACAAGUGCCUCAGCUGCACCCUUGGGUUCCAAGGGAGAUGGUCAUUAUCCAUGGAGUUGUCCAGUGACUCAUACUCGGGAAAAAAUUUAUGCCAUCUGCUCAGACUAUGCCUUCCUCAACCAGGCAACCUCAAUCUAUAAGACUCCAAAUCCAUCCCGUUCUUCUUGCCUCCCAGAUAGUACCUCUUUAUCUGCUGGGAGUAAUUCAUCAAGAUAUAUUGGUAUCCCGACGAGUACAUCGGAUAUCAUCUAUAAUGAAGAAAAUAGCUUGGAAAACUUAUCCAAUAGCCUGGGCAAGCUACCUCUCGCGUGGGAAAUUGAUAAAUCUGAAUUUGAUGCGGUGACCACCAAUUUGAAGCACAAAUCAGGCAAUGGAAAGAAACAAAUUUCUAAGAAAAAAACUUCAGAUAAAAAAGGAAGGUAUCAGAGGGAGUGUCCUCAGCAUUUUCCUCUUGAAGACAUUAAGCAGCGGAAAGUAUUGGAUCUCAGACGAUGGUACUGCAUAAGCCGACCACAAUAUAAGACAUCUUGUGGCAUCUCCUCAUUAAUUUCUUGUUGGAAUUUCUUAUACAGCACAAUGGGAGCUGGGAAUCUUCCACCUAUUACCCAAGAAGAAGCUUUACAUAUUUUGGGCUUUCAACCUCCCUUUGAAGAUAUUAGGUUUGGUCCUUUCACAGGAAAUACAACACUUAUGAGAUGGUUUAGGCAAAUUAAUGACCACUUCCACGUAAAAGGAUGCUCUUAUGUUUUAUAUAAGCCUCAUGGGAAGAACAAAACAGCUGGAGAAACUGCUUCAGGGGCCUUGUCAAAGUUAACACGUGGGCUGAAAGAUGAAUCGCUGGCUUAUAUCUAUCAUUGCCAGAAUCAUUAUUUUUGUCCAAUUGGCUUCGAAGCAACCCCUGUUAAAGCUAAUAAAGCAUUCAGCAGGGGACCUCUCUCACCACAGGAAGUCGAAUAUUGGAUCUUAAUUGGAGAAUCAAGUAGAAAACAUCCUGCCAUUCACUGUAAAAAAUGGGCAGAUAUUGUUACUGAUCUAAACACUCAAAAUCCAGAAUACCUAGAUAUCCGGCACUUAGAGAGGGGUCUACAGUAUCGAAAAACAAAGAAGGUUGGGGGGAAUUUGCAUUGCAUCAUAGCAUUUCAGAGACUCAGUUGGCAAAGAUUUGGCCUUUGGAACUUUCCAUUUGGAACCAUCAGACAGGAAUCACAACCUCCAACACAUUCCCAGGGAAUCACCAAAUCUGAGAGUGAAGACAAUAUUUCCAAGAAACAGCGUGGGCGUCUGGGCCGGUCUUUCAGUACUAGUUUCCAUCAGGACUCGGCAUGGAAAAAGAUGACUAGUAUCCAUGAAAGAAGGAACAGUGGCUACCAGGGUUACAGUGAUUAUGAUGGGAAUGACUGAGUAUGCUGGGUACCAAACAACUGGCAUCAUACACACAACUGUUAUAUACAGGACUGUAUUAUGACAGUAGGAGAUUUUAGUAAGUCUGUGUUGAAUAGGAACAGAUCUUGUGGUACAAAACAUAACCUUGUAGUUCUCCAGAUAAUAAGCUUGUAUAUGAUUAUGGUGGGUGAUUUCAGAUAUGUACACAGAUAAGCACACACUACUGUCCUUUUAAAAUUAAGAGUAUAUAAAUAAUCUGGACAGAAAGUUUCACAAAAUCCAAUAAAAUUACAACUGCUAAAAUAAAUCAAACACAAAUUCACUUAAUAGCAUCAAGAUUUGCAAUACUUAAGCAUGACGUGAUUUUUCAAUGAUUUGAUCCCUAGACAGUUGUUACAGAUAGUUUUAUUCAUGAGAUCAAGAUGUAAGGUACCAUCUGCCCUUUAAAAAAACUGAGGCUGUCAAUUUCUAGUUUUCAGUCAUGGUUAAAGCUUAUUUAAAAUUAUUUUGUGAGUCUAGUAGUUCUUUUACUUGUAGCAGUAUAUUGCCUGCUUCAUUUGUAUCCUGAUGAACUUUCUUAGGAUUCUCACUAAUGAAGCAAAAAAACUCAAAAAAUAGACCUUUUUUAUUGGUGCCAAUGGGUGACUUAGUGCAUCGAUUCAGGUAUUUUUUACUUUCUUGACUUGGUAUGUUACAAUCAAAUACUGACAAGAACCUUAGUCUAGAGUUAAACUUGUUUUAGGGAUAAUGUAAAAGAACAAAUGGCACCUUAAGUUUCUAUGCCCUAGUUAUCUGUGAAAUGAAAUCUAGUAUUUGAUUAUUCCUUCUGUAUUGAGUCGAUAACACCAUUAAGAUGUGUUGGGGAAAUGCCCAAGUCACUCAGAGGACAACUACCCGUGUUCCAAACUCUGAGUGGUUUCCUUUUUAAAACCAUAUAGCUGAUUAACUGUUUGAAGUGAGUAUUCAAUAUUCCAGAAGUGCAGAUUUCAUAUAUUUGGGCUUCUCUCUAGCUGCCACCAGUUUUUCUUCUGCUGCAAACCUAUGACUCAUAAGCUACUAGGAUCUCUUGUUCUUUCAUCUUAGUGGCUUGUUCCAGGACUCACAUCAGUAACUUGGUGAUUACAAGGUGCUGAAUAUGUUGGUAACCAUAUCGCAAUACACCUCAAGGAGAGGGUUCAGAUUUUUAUUUUUAAAAUAUUUUCAUUUUUUCUCUUGAAUUUUAUAUCCAUUUAUUCACUCAUACAUGCUUAGCCUACAGAAAGGGAUAUAUAUUACGAAAUGGUCAUUUUUCUGAAGAGAAUAUUUUGCUUGAACUGCAAAAGACUGAAAGAGAUUUGUAGGUUGUUGAUUUUGUUACUUCAUACUGGAACUUUUAAAAAGUUUUCAUCAAAUAAAGUUUUGUUUUCUACUUUUAAU